AUGUGGCUGCUCCGGAGCCUCGCCUGGGCUCUCCUGAGCCCCGUCCUGGCCACCGGGCUGAGCUGGCAGGAAAGUUCCUUGUUAAAAUCGCUGGGUCUGAGCGCCAAGCCCAGCCCCAGAAGCCCGGUACCGGUGCCGCCCGUGCUCUGGAGGAUCUUCCAGAGGAGGAAGGAGCUGCCCCGGCCGCACCAAGAGCUGGAUUCCUGCAGGGUGGAGGAGUUCAAUGUCCCCGGGAACAUCGUGCGUGUCUUCGCUGACCAAGGCCGUUUCCUCCCCGAGGAGCAGCCCCAGGGGUGGCUGUGUCUGCGGAAGCUCCUGUUCUUCAACCUCUCCGUGCUGGAGGAGGGCGAGCGCUUGACCAUGGCCCAGCUGGAGCUCCGCUUCCAGCACAAUUCCUACCACUCUCCCCGGCCGGGGCAGGUUUUGGAGCUCCGGCUGUACCCGGCGUCCCCCCGGGGGCAGCCCCAGCCCGGCCGGAGGCCGCUGGUGGAGCGCUCCUUUGUCCAGCUGCACAAAUCCCUCCUCUUCAAGCUGAGCGCGGCGCUGAAGGACGGGAAGAUGCCGGGCAGGAAUUUGACCUUGGUGCUGGAGAUCUCGGCGAGCUCCGGGGCCAGCGGGAGCCCACGGAGCCUCUGCGCCGGCAGCGACGCCUUGGAGGCCGCCUCGCUGCUGGUGGUGACGCUGGGCCGGCAGUGCCGGGGCCCCCGCAGGAGGAGGAGCCCCCCGAGCCCCCCGGUGACCCCCAGCCCCCUGUGCAAGCCCCGCCGGCUCUACAUCAGCUUCAGCGACGUGGGCUGGGAGAACUGGAUCAUCGCCCCCCAGGGCUACCUGGCCAACUACUGCCGCGGGGACUGUCCCUUCCCGCUGGCGGCAGAGCUCAACAGCACCAACCACGCGGUGCUGCAGACCAUGGUGCACUCGCUGGACCCGCAGGGAACCCCCCAGCCCUGCUGCGUCCCCGUCAGGCUCUCCCCCAUCUCCAUCCUCUACUACGACAACAGCGACAACGUGGUGCUGCGGCACUACGAGGACAUGGUGGUGGAUGAGUGUGGCUGCAGGUAG